CAAACAUGGCGGCUGGAGCCGACCCCGGUUUCCCGCUCCCCGCGCCGCUGCCGCCGCUGCCGCCACCGCAACUGGGCCUCGACGAAUCGUCGGACAGCGACACUGACCACGAUGGCGGCGCCAAAAUGAAGCGGAAAGUAUCCACGUCCGGACAGAUCCGCUGCAAGUUAAGUGUACGGGAGGGAUUUCUGAUGAAGCAAACGAGCUCGUUCCAGCGCUGGAGGAGAAGGUACUUCAAGCUGCGCGCCCGCACACUCUACUACGCUAAAGACACAAAGUCGCUGAUUUUUGACGAAGUGGAGCUGACGGACGCCAGCGUGGCGGAGAGCAGCACCAAGAACGUCAACAACAGCUUCACGAUUAUCACGCCUUUCCGUCGGCUUAUCCUUUGUGCCGAGAAUCGUAAGGAGAUGGAAGAUUGGAUCGCGGCGCUAAAGUCUGUACAGAAUCGAGACCCUUACGAACCGUCCCAGCUCAGCAUGGAUCACUUCUCGGGACUGCACAACUGGUACGCGUGUUCCCACGCGCGCCCCACCUACUGCAACGUGUGUCGUGAGGCUCUGUCUGGGGUCACGUCACACGGCCUGUCGUGCGAGGUCUGUAAGUUCAAGGCGCACAAGCGAUGUGCUGUCCGCGCCACCAACAACUGCAAGUGGACAACGCUGGCAUCUAUCGGACGAGAUAUACUGGAGGAUGAGGACGGGGUAGCCAUGCCUCACCAGUGGCUGGAGGGGAACCUGCCGGUGAGCGCCCGGUGCUCCGUCUGUGACAAGACGUGCGGCAGCGUGAUGCGACUGCAGGACUGGCGGUGCCUUUGGUGCAAGGCAAUGGUACAUGGGGCCUGCCGAGAUGCCCUGCCCCGAAAGUGCCCUCUCGGUCAGUGCAAGGUGUCGGUCAUCCCGCCUCCUGCACUCAACAGCAUCGACUCGGACGGCUUCUGGAAGGCCACGUGCCCCCCCUCGUGCUCCAGUCCCCUGCUCGUGUUCGUCAACUCGAAAAGCGGAGACAACCAGGGCGUCAAGUUCCUGCGCCGGUUCAAGCAGCUGCUCAACCCGGCGCAGGUGUUCGACCUCAUGAACGGCGGCCCGCACCUGGGGCUGCGUUUGUUUCAGAAGUUUGACACGUUCCGCAUCCUGGUGUGCGGGGGCGAUGGCAGCGUGGGCUGGGUCCUCUCGGAGAUUGACAAACUCAACCUGCACAAGCAGUGUCAGAUGGGUGUUCUCCCGCUGGGCACGGGCAACGAUCUGGCCAGGGUCCUUGGCUGGGGUGCUGCCUGCGACGACGACACGCAGCUGCCCCAGAUCCUGGAGAAGCUGGAACGCGCCAGCACUAAGAUGCUUGACCGGUGGAGCAUCAUGACCUACGAAACUCAGGUCGCCAUGCGGAACAGCGUCUCCAUGGUGACGGACGGCGAAGACGAGGAUGGAAGGGUGCAGAUUGCCGCCUACGAGGACUCCGUGGCUGAGCAUCUCACGCGGAUCCUCAACUCCGACCAACACUCUGUCGUCAUCUCCUCCGCAACGGUGCUGUGUGAAACUGUGAAGGAUUUUGUCGCUCGCGUCGGCAAGGCCUAUGAGAGAACCACGGAGAAUCCUCGCGAAGCUGAGAAUAUGGCGCGGAAGUGUGCCGUCCUGAAGGAGAAGCUCGACUCCCUGCUGCGAACCUUGAACGACGAAUCUCAGGCCACCGCCACCCUCCACGUCGCCACGGCAACACCCCCCAUCGCUGAGGAGACUGAGAGCGUGGGUGACCCCGAUGGAGGCGCGGCAGCCAAGGAGAAGGGGGUCGUGACCCCAUCGCUGGCGGACGCUGCCCCAGACGCUUCCCCUCCCUCCAUGGGCCCCCGCCCCCCCCGCCGCUCCUCCAAGCCCCAGGUGUUCCGACCGCGCGAGCAGCUCAUGUCGCGCGCCAACAGCCUGAAGAAGGCCAUCCGACAGAUCAUCGAGCAGGCUGAGAAGGCUGUGGACGAGCAGAACGCGCAGACGCAGGCCCACCGCAGCAGCCUCCACCCUGACGACCCCCCCGCGGAGGCCCACGGGGUCACCGUGAGCUCCGCGCCGGACGCCGCCGCGGCCGCCGCCGAUUGCGAGGACGACACUGCCCCCGACUCGGCCGCCGCGGCCGUGCCGGCGACGCAUGCUCCAAGUCUCGGCUCACGAUCGGGCCUCGCCCGCAAAAGUUCCAGGGCCUCGAGCAAGAGCAGCCUGCUGGGUUCAGGGGCCCCCGGGGUGUUUGGAGUCGCAGGCCUCAGCGGAAGCAAAGAGAAUCUGCCGAUUCUGAACACGCGCAUCAUCAACCAGAGCCUGCGUGCUGGCCUCACUGCGUCACUCUUCACGCUGGGCGCCUGCGUCUCCCCGUCCAUCGCCCCCGACGCAGACUCGCUUGAAGGCUACACGGAGAAGUGCGUGAUGAACAAUUACUUUGGCAUCGGCCUCGACGCCAAGAUUUCCCUCGACUUCAACAAUCGUCGUGAGGAACACCCGGAGAAGUACAGGAGUCGAACCAAGAACAUCAUGUGGUACGGAGUCCUGGGCACGAAGGAGCUGCUUCAGAAAACAUACAAGAACCUCGAGCAGAGGGUCCUGCUGGAGUGCGAUGGGCAGCCCAUUCCCCUGCCCUCCCUUCAGGGCAUAGCUGUGCUGAACAUAUGCAGCUACGCGGGAGGAACCAACUUCUGGGGAGGCACCAAGGAGAACGACACUUUCACGGCUCCCUCCUUUGACGACAAGAUCCUGGAGGUGGUGGCCGUGUUUGGCAGCAUGCAGAUGGCCGUGUCCAGAGUUAUAAACUUGCAGUACCACCGCAUCGCGCAGUGCCGCACCGUGCGAAUCAGCAUCCUGGGGGAGGAGGGGCUGCCCGUGCAGGUGGACGGGGAGGCGUGGGUGCAGCCGCCCGGAUUCAUCCGCAUCGCUCACCGCAACCGCGCUCAGAUGCUCACGCGGGACAGAGCUUUCGAGAGCACGCUAAAGCUGUGGGAGGACAAGCAGCAUCGCGAUGAUUCUGCACGCCCAGGCUCCCAGCAUGCCUUACAGGGGGGCAGCAGCGAUUCCCAGCAUGCCUUGCAAGGGGGCAGCAGCGGUGGACUGGUGCCCGAGGUGGUUGGGGGAGCAGAGGCAGAGCAAGUUCAUCAGUUUGCAGAGACUGCACGAUUACUCAUGAAGGAGAUCCGCACAGCGGCCGACUCUCACCACGCCCUGGAGCAGGAGCUGGCGCACGCCGUGAACGCCGUGUCGCACGCCCUCGCCACCAUCUACGCCAACACCGACUCCGAGCCGCUGAGCCAGGCGUUGGUGCUGGACCUCGUCCACAAGGUGAAAGCGCUGCACAGCGAGACAGCCCAGCUCCUCUGUGGGAAACUGCUGCUGGACACGUCGCACGAGGAGCGUCUGGGCGCAGCGCUGGGCAGCGUCGAGCAGGAGUUGCAUGGCCUGGGGGACAUCGCGUGGCUCUCGGGGAGCGUACGGGCGUCGGACUCGGAGGGCGCUCUGGUAGAGUUCUCCAAGAGGAGCCGAAGCUCAAAGUUCCGUCUCUUCCGGAGAGACAAGAACCACAAGCCGCGUGACAGCAGAGGGCUGGCUCCCUUCCCUGUCCAGCAGUGGGGUGUGGAGGAGGUGGGCGCGUGGUUGGAGCUGCUCUCUCUGGGCGAGCACCGCGAGUCGUUCGCUCGGCACGACAUCCACGGCACGGAGCUCCUCCAGCUCGAGAGGAGAGACCUGAAGGAGCUGGGCAUCUCCAAAGUUGGCCACGUCAAGCGAAUUCUCAACGGUAUCAAAGAGCUCAACAAGGGACCCACAGGGGAGUUCUGAGAGCCUCCAAGCAUUCACCUCUCAUCAAGUAGGUCCCGUGACAAGGGAGGUCCCACCACGGAGGUCCCACCACGGAGGUCCCACCACGGAGGUCCCACCACGGAGGUUUCAGCAAGGAGGUCUCAUCGUGGAGAUCUCAUCGUGGAGGUCUCAACAUUGGAGAUCGCAACAAGGAGGUCUCAAGACGGAGGUCUCAAGACGGGGGUCUCAGCAAGGAGGUCCCGUCAAGGACGUCUCCUCACGGAGGUCUCGUCACGGAGGUCUCGUCACCAGCUCAUCGGGUCCACCACGGAAGCCCCACUACGGAGAUCUCAUCACUACGGAGGUGUAGGCCUUACCACAGAGGUGUAGGUCCCACCACAGAGGUGUAGACCCUAAUACAGAGGUUUAAGGCUCCAAUACAGAGGAGUAGGCCCCACCACAGAGGAGUAGGCCUCACCACAGAGGUGUAGGCCCCACCACAGAGGUGUAGGCCCCACCACAGAGGUGUAGGCCCACCACAGAGGUAGUAGGCCCCACCACAGAGGAGUAGGCCUCACCACAGAGGUGUAGGCCUCACCACAGAGGUGUAGGCCCCACCACAGAGGUGUAGGCCCCACCACAGAGGUGUAGGCCCCACCACAGAGGUGUAGGCCCCACCACAGAGGUUUAAGGCUCCACCAUAGAGGUGUAGGUCCCACCACCGAGGUGUAGGCCUCACCACAGAGGUGUAGGCCCCACCACAGAGGUGUAGGCCUCACCACAGAGGUGUAGGCUCCACCACAGAGGUGUAGGCCCCACCACAGAGGUGUAGGCCCCACCACAGAGGUUUAAGCUGCACCAGAGAGAAGUAAGCUGCACAAAAGAGGACCCCAGCACCGAGGACGUCUGUGUCUUGACCUCAGCCUCGUGUUGCGUGGGCUCCUGCGCAGCGUCUGUCUGUCUAUUCCACUACCAAAGGCCACGGCAGGACUGUGGACUUGACCAAAACACAGGGGGGCAGAUGCCCCCCCCCCACUCCCCUAUUGAAAGCAGCCAGACCGUCAGUGUGUGGGUGUGGGUGCGUGUGUGUGUAGACUUGCGUCCGUGUGUGUAGACCUGCGUGUGUAGACUUGCGUGCGUGUGUGUGUAGACCUGCACGUGUGUGAAUGGGUAAAGUUCUAGGGGUGAAACAAUUUUACUGCCCCCCCCCCCCCCCUCUUCCAAAGGUGCUUCUAUGAAUUGUCAAGAUUCGUCGUCUCUAUUUGAGUCAAGUACAGAAUGUUGUUUUGAUACAUUGUAAGGAAUGGUCACACCUCUAUUGGCGGUGGAGACAAUUUUUAACCUAUUACAUACAACAUAUACAAGUCAAAAAGCAUCGAUCCGUACAGACGUGGUACGAUGCUUGUUUCCUAAAAGCAAGGUUCAAUACGAUGCGGUGGAUUAUUCCAGCCCGAGUGGAUGGGUAUAUUUGGGUGUGUGAGUAGGCACGUGUAUGGAUGUUGUGUGCAUGUAUGUGUGUGUGUGCGUAUGCAUGUGUGUGUAGAUUUACUUGUGUAGGGAUGCAUUUGUGUAUGUGUCCGAUGUGCGAUGUGUGUGCGUGUGUAUCGGUAUAGGAGGUCUGUGUGUUUUGCAUGUGGAGAUCAGCGUGCUGCGCUACGAACCCGGAAACUCGAGUUAAAUUCUCGCCUGCAGCUCACGUUAGUCUAAAGCCUGCCCGAGGUCAAUUUAGCCUUAAAUGAGUUCCUGUUGCAGUCUAUAAACACAAAAACCCCCUUGUGUGCCAUGCCAGCCUUAAUAGAUGCUCGCUAACAGCACCUUCCCCAACAAUCUGUAAGGUUUGUACGGGGAGAUCUUCGUGUGUAUGUGUGUGUGUAUCCUGUGUAUUUAAGUUUAUUAUGCGCAUUUAUUUAAGUUUGUGUGUAAUCAUGCAAAAAAACAUCUGUGUAGUGUGCGUGCGUGUAGCGUGUAGCGUGCGUGUAGUGUGCGUGUUGUGUGCGUGUUGUGUGUCCUGUGAUUGCACACCCAUGCACUGUGCUGGCUGUUUUUUUUUAUGAACCUUGUUUGACUUUUAUACUGAAAAAAAUGAAAAGGAACAAAAUGGUAAGGAGGAGGAGCGUGUGUUUUAACUGUUGUAGCUUCAUCACGUUUGUGCCAUGAUUGACGCGACCAAAAAAAAAUAAUCCAACACUUAAAAAAAAAGAUGAUGAUUAGAUUUUUUUAAGUUUUAACAUCGGGUUAAAUUUUAAACCCUUUUUUAAAUUAAAAUCGUCGAGGAUAUUUUCCAGACCUUAAUAUUUUGGUUGUACAUGUCUUAAUUUGCAAGGUUGGCGUUCUUAAAUUUAUUACUACUAUUAAUGUUAUUGUAAUUGGUGUUGUUUUAAGCUAAAUGAGGUUUAUGAUUGGAGUGAAACAUCUGUAAUAGCGUGCGCUGAGUGUUGAAAAAGUGAUCGUUUUAACGUGUGCAAUAUCUUUUCUCCCACAAGUUGAGAGGUGGGCGUUUAAAUGUGGCUCACCACCGAGCCAGCCGUCGCAGUUCAAUCCCUCCUGCUGCUCAGAAGUUGUACACAUCGCAUGGCAACACGGCAGUGGGCCCCAAUGGGUUGCAUUUGUGGCUGGAGCAAUGGGUUGCAUUUGUGGCUGGAGCAAUGGGUUGCAUUUGUGGCAUCAACAACAACAACAUCAGCAGUAGCGGAAGCAUCGUCCUAAGCAGCCACAUUCUAAUCGCCGUCAUGCUAUCGUGUAUUGGGUUGGCUAGGGCCAAGUGGCAUAGGUUAUUGGUGACGAGUUUUUAGUAUAGGGGCAGGGCUAGGGUCUGGCAGGCUUUUGUGAUUUGACCUCGUUCGAUUCUGGUGGUCUCGAGUGGUUCGUUCUAUGGCCGGUAAUUUGGUUGGCCGGUGUGGCUGGGGCUACGCGUAGAGUGGUUGGCCUAGUGUGCUUUAGGGAUGGAUAUUGACGGUGUAUCGCUCGUGACAUUCGGGCUCGGGCAUGCGCUAGCUCCUUACGGACUGCUUCGUGAUGUUGUGUAUGUUACGUAGUAUUCACGUGCGUUGCGGCUCUUGAAAUAUUGAGUUUUGUACCGAUUUCGAAAGAAAAAAAAGGCUCCUUGUAAUUUUGAUUGCCGUCCCCUGGGCUAGGGUUGUAUUGUUUAGCGCGGUUAGGUCCAGCAGUAGAGUUUAGUUGGCUGGUGUGGUUACGGACGGGGGUAGUACAUGGUUGGCUUUUGUUAAAUGGGCCAGUCUCUGUUGUGUUAGUGUGGUGAGGGCACGUAUGCUCGACCCACAAACUGUUUGCCCCCUCCCCCAUCCUUGUGUUUUACCUUUGCCAAUCUGCAGCAUACAGCCUCUUGUUGUAGCUGGAGCAGGGAUUGAACUGUCGACUUGCUUGCAGGCUGGCUCGGUUGGCAAGCUCUGCCCAGCGCGCAGGACCCAGACCCCCCCACCCCAUUGGCCGCGCCAAACGAAUCGACUUGAAUCAUUCGUCCGUUCGAGAGCUCCGGAGUGCGGGCAUUGCUUUUGUGCGGGUGUUUAUUCGCCGUUUUUACCGUCGUCGAUGUUGUAUCAACGGUUAUCGUAUUUCAGUCCGCGUGCUAAAGGCUGAUUUUUUUUUUUCCCAAAGCUGCCGGGACACUUUGAUGUCGAGUGUCUUUUUUUUUCCUGGCUCUAAUUUGCCAGUUCCGUGCACGCGUGUACAAAAUGGAGCAAAUGGGGCAGUGUUUCUUGCACUGUGCUACCAGGCCAGCCACCUGGAUUCCAUUCCCGUCCACGCCAGUGGCGAGUUGAAUUUUAACCCGUCCAGGGCCCAAUCUCUAGGUUGGCUCGGCUUGAAUUGAGUGGAGGGUGCAAACAAUCAGCACCGGGGAGAUGAAGGCAAGCAAGAGCGGUGUUCCCACACCGCCGGCCUUAGUAAGCGCUCGCUAAUGGCGCGUGUGCGUACAGGCUUUUGAGUCUAAACGUGGGGUAUUUAUAUUGGUGGCUACGUAUGAAUAUUUGGUGUAUUUUGAUGUCACUGUGUCAAUGGCCAGGUCUUUGAAAAUUGACUGUGGUCCAUAGAAGCCUUCUCUUGAGAAUGGUGUCACAGGGUUACUUACAUUCCACUGUGUGUCUGAUGACACAUUUACAUUGACAAGGCCUUACUACCCCUACCCAGUAUGUAACUUACCAGGGAUCCAACUCCUAAAGACUGACUAAGUAGGUAGCUAGUCAGUUCCCCAUUGUAAUUGUUCCGUAAAAUGCAGGAGGGCUGAUGGAAAAGUCUGUGGCUUGAUAUUGAAGGGGAACGGUGCUUACAAUAAAGGGCGAAUGUUUAUAUUUUUUUAUCAAGGACUACAAAUGCUCAGUGCUAAAUUAAUUGUCCUCUUAUGUUCAUUGGAAAUUUGAGAACUCUGAAAGACAAAACAAAUCUAAAACUACAAAAACAAUCGGGGAGAAUCGAGAUAAAUCUGAAAAAUUCCCACAUCCACAACUGAAGUGGCUCCCAGUGCCGUCCAAAUGUCUCCCCAACCAGAGAAUCGCUUGUUGGGAAAGUGCACCCUACUCGUUACGGAGGAGCGCUGUGAGUAGUGAGCUCCAUGGGUGCUAGAGGAGUUAUUCUGAGCGGUGGUAAAAUUAAAGCCCUUGGUACAUUGAUGAACCAAAUGCUUCGGACUUGAAGGGGAGGGGGGAGCUGUGUCUAGGAAUAAUAGGGCUCUCAUCAGGGCCACGUGUUGCUCACUGGAUCAGUACAUGGAACUUUCCAUCAGCUGCUCUCCUGAAACUAUGUAUGUGGAGGUCCGGUCACUGGCUCACUCGGAGGCGUUCACAUACAGCGAAGAACUCCCCAAAUCGCUGAGCUUCGAGGUGACCGGGAGAUGGUAAGAGAUGAAUCGUGUUUCUGACCGAUCUGUGUUGUGGACUUGAGAAAACUAUCCCCCCUCCCCUUCUCCCAAGUUAUGCGUGGCGUUUUCUCCGGGUACAUUAUGGUGACGUUGUUUUUUUGUCAGCUGGCCUGUACAAAUUCUAUGGCUGUUGUGUGUGUGUUCCACCAAGUCUUUGUGGAGUGCUCAUGCCAAAAAAAAACAUUGUGGUGUAAAUACGAGGACCACUCAAAAAGAUGUCUGACUGCACAGACAAGGGACCUGUGGCCUAUAUUUGUGGUCGUGUUGUGGCGCCAGUCAUUCCUUGCAGGCGGAUUCGCCAAUGUAGUCGGUUGAAGUCGUGACGCUGAUGUUGGGCUACAGAUGUGUUGACCGAGGUGUUAAUCCACACCAAGAAUUCACAUCCAUUCUAGCGCAGGCCUAACGGCUCCGUGUCCGCUCCGUAGCCGCUCCGUAGCUUAGACCCACAACUCAGAAACUCAACCUGCGCUGUUUAUUAAGUCGGGAUAUGAAUAAUUAUAACCUUGAUUUGAAGCUUUCGUGACUGCAGGAAUUACUCUUUGGUUCUUUCGGUAAAGUUAAAUAAUAGAACACGACGUUUCGAUUGCAACACAAGCAACCGUCAUCGGGUAGAAAUACAUUUGAGACAGACAUUCCUGUAAACAUUCAUGCCAACGUUUGUUUUAUUUUUUUAAACCUACAAUGAUUACUGGUAUUGGCUUAACAUCCCAAUGCCGCACAAGUACAACGGUAAUUACUCAAUUUAGAAUGCACACAGCAGAAGCAGCAACAUCGCCCCACUCCUGCUCAAAUUUGGCAGGGCCCUCUUAAUGAUGAGUCUCGAGAUCUUUCCUGGGUAAUAAUACAAAUGCAUUUUCCAACAACUUCAUAUCUACUCUGCAGCCCAGACGCAGAACUCCACACCCAUCUUAUAGAUCUGUCUCAUCAAGAACUUACUCAGGUUUAUUUUGUUUAGUGUCUCUUGUUAAUAUGUAUUUUUUUCUUUUAUGGCAUUGCAUAGCGAGGAUGUAUACAAUUUUAAUUGAUUUAUGAAAAAAUAAAUAUGAUGAGUGGGCGAAGACCCCAGGGCCAAGCCCAGGACACUUUGGCGGGACUGUGGCUCGGCUGGCGUGGAAACGCCUGGCAAUUCCCCCAGGAAGAGCUAGAGUCUGUCGCCAGGGAAAGGGAGCUCUGGACCGCCACUACUCAACACGCUGCCACCGCAACCCUCACCAGGACAAGCGGAUUGAGAAAUGAACGAACGAGUUGGCUGGAUGAAUUUCACAAUUGCUGUGUCGGAGACAGUGAGCCAGUCGCUGCUGAGAUGCUGGAAUAAUUCUAGAUUUGAAGUUUUCGUGACUGCAAGGGUCCAUACUCUUUGGCUUUUUCGGUAAAGUCACGUAGGUAAAAUUUUUAAUUUAAAUAAAUUAAAUCACGACGUUUCGGAGGCAACACAAGCUCCCGUCUUCAGGUGGCACCGUCACAGCAAAAUUACUGCAUCAAGUGGUACAGUAAUUUGGUAAAGUAAUUUUGCUACGUGACUUUACCGAAAAAAAACAAAGAGUAUGCUGGAAUAAAUUCUGGGUUCUAGCCACUCGUGUGAUGUAACCGGCCUCUUGAGUUGAUACAAUUUAUGGUCUCGACCCACCCGGCAGUGACUGCACAAAUCGAACUGUCACAUUGACUUUGGUCUGUUCCUCGGCGUUCCGUGGCCGAGCUAUUCGGCAGAUGGACUCCUAACACAACUGCAGAGAACGGUCAAAGUGGUGAUAGAGUUCAAUCGUAUCGAGGAACGGCCGUGGAAUGGCACCACAGAUACAAUGCAAUGUGGAUUCGUAUCGUUUGUCCAUUUAUGCCAUUUAAUCACCCGAUUAGGUAAACGAUAAAUAAAAUAUAACGUCUAAAGUGACCCAUUUUCAAGACGCUUUUCAGAAAUUAGGCCGUAUUUAUUUUGUAUAUGGGUAUAGGCAGCCACUCACAUAGGCAGAGGAAAGCCUUGAACCUGGAUUUGGAACCAGGGCAGGACAUCAACAGCAUGGUUGGCUGUGGGAGAAGGGAGUUCCAGACUGGAGGCAGCUGAAGACAUCCGCCCCAGAAACCACUUCUGUAGGAGUCACAUGUGCAGCAGGCCUCACCGCGUGUUGUUACUCGUCCCCAUAUCUUUAUUAUAAUUUAAAACAUUAGCCCUCGGAGCAAUAGUGGGCAUGCCACAUUCAAUUUGACACUUUAGUCUUUUGUGCAGUCAACUCGCUACGCUUGAGCAUCCGGUUGAAUGUAUUGGUGGCGAGUCAAAAGCCAGAAUCUGCAUUGUAGGCGCUGCCCUCGUGAAGGCUCCCACUCAUCUAGCGGGUCUUUGGGCAGGGGUCUCGAGGCACUGAUGUAAAAUAGCCCUUGGCAUCAGACGGAAACGUCUUGCGUUUUGUAUUUGGGUUUAAACAAUUGUGAGUCGUGCAGCUAAUUAUGUGGGUGGGGGUGUGUCUGCACAUUGCUGUUGGUAUUUUUGUGUAUGUGACUUUGUUAUUGUGUGCGUGUCGCAUGUGUACGUGCGUGGAUGUCCCGAGUAUCUUUACGUAUCAAUGCACACGUAUCUGUGUUGCAUCGUUCGCCUGUCUGUGUUAUGUGUCCCAUGGGCACGUGUGUGUCAUCCAUAUGUCUGUACAUAAUCAUUUAUGUGUAUGUCUGUUAAUGUGUUUAUGUUUAAAAUAUCUGCCUAGGUAUUUUGUACAAUCAGACACUCAACCCCCACAUCUCCCAAUUGGUGAUUGGGCAGUUGUGGAGAGAGUGGAGUGUUUCCCAUACCUGGGCAGUGUGCUUAUGACCAGCUCUCCGAAUCAGUUGAGCGGCAUUAUCUUUUUAUUGGCUGCGUAACGCUGUGUGGAAGCUACCUGUUCAGUCGCUCCACACGAAACUUCAGGUCUUCUCGGCCACGGUCAUUCCCUCCCUUCUCUACGCUUGCGAAACGUGGGCCCCCCUUAAUUGAACAUCUUUGCUGGUUAGAAACAUUUAGGCUGGCCUGCCUACGAUCCAUCCUGGCUUUAACCAGGCUGGAUUGUGUGAGGAGCUCACAAAUCCUUGAAAGAUCUGGACAAAGUGCCAUCGGUUAGCUCCUCUGGCAGGCAAGGCUGCGUUGGCUGGGCCAUGUAGCCCACAUGCCCAGCCACCGCAUGCCUAAACAGCUUUUGUUCAGCCGGAUAGAAGGGGCUAAACAUGCACGGCACGGCUUGAGAAGAGAUUGAGUGAUGUGGUGCAAGAGGACGUGGAGCUGAGUGGACUUGCCGAUGACUGGUACUAGCGGUGUCAAGAUCAGCCUCUGGUGGAGGCUCGUGAAGGACUCUGCUACUGUGCAGUUGGAGGCAGUCUCUCUCCAGCAACAACGGAGGGCGGAGGAGCGAUGCUCACAACGAGCGGAGUGCCAGGUGGCUAAAACACAGCAUGUUGGCACAGUAGGGGGCACAGGUGGUGCAUCGGCCAGUCAUCUAAGUUGACCCAUGGCUCCUGGGUCUGCCCCGUGACCUGCCAGCGGGCGUUCGACACUUCACGUGGCCUUAACGUGCACUUAGCCUGGCACAAGCGCCGUGGUGACGUCACUGCCACUUCGCGGCAAAUGGCGGUUUUGUUUAAAGAUACGUUAAAUUAGGUAGAUCACACAAUUAUACACCAGUCAUUCAAACACAUUUGUUCUGAUGCCAUUUUAAAGCUACUUAAAAAUCACUUAACGAUUAAAUGAAACUAAAAUUCUAGUUUUUUUUACUGGCUUCAGCAAAUAAUUCUAUGAUGGUUACAUUUUUUUUAUCUACCCCAAGUGCUCUUUUGACCGACUUUAUCAAGUUGGGUCAAAGAGCAUAAAUUCUAGAUUUGAAGUUUUCGUGACUGCAAGGAUUCAUACUCUUUUUUCGGUAAAGUCACGUGGGUGAAAAAUUCAUAUAAAUGUAAUCACGACGUUUCGGAGGCAACACAAGCUUCCGUCUUCAGGUGGAACCGCCACAGCAGUGAAACGUCGUGAUUUAGUUUAUUUGAAUUUUUUACCUACGUGAUUUUACCGAAAAAAACAUUAUAAAGAGCAUAACGUUUGGCCAGUGAGGUCACGUGCAUCGUCUGAUGACUGCACGGUCCACCUGGUAGGUGCGAGCGCUGUUCACUAAGUGGGGGGUGACGUCACCGCGGCGCUUGUGCCAGGCUAGGUCCACUUAUUUUUUUUACAAUACACACCUAUGCACAUACCCCAUAAUACAAACACACACAACGUAAUAUGCACUAUGUACAGCAUAAUGCAUUACGAUAUACAAACUAAUAAUAAAAUCAUAAAAUCCAGCACUGUUCAAACACUCACCAUUGGCGAUAAUUCUCUUGACCUGUGUCAAAGUAAAGGUCAAACCAGCGCAGCUCAUUGGUUCAUCCACCCUGGACCCCGCCCCCACCCGCCUUUUGGCCACUGCCCCCAGUGUAAGUUGCCACCUGUCCAGGUUUGACCCGUACUGCUGGAGUUGGCGCUUUUGUGUUCAGGUGGCAACCGGGGUAGAUUUGUCUCGGGACCUGGUGUCACUGUGUCGAACUCGAUUGCAAGUCGAACUUAGCUCGCUGAGAAGUAUGAUGUCUGGGGGGAAACACACUGAGUCGACACGUGUGAAGAGUUUGAAUCGUGGUGGCUAUACUUUGAAAUGUAAACCAACACAUUCUGCCUUGUGCCAUUAACAGCAAAUUUAUUCCAACAUGAUGCCCUCUGCGGUUGUCCAGCUAGAGAGCACAUUGGGUCCCCCCCUCCCCCAUUGCCUUUAACAUCCGGAUGGAUAUAAUCUAGAUUUGAAGUUUUCGUGAGUAUGGAUGGAUAUAGUGAAGGUUGUUUUUUUGUUGGGUUAGAUCGCGUUAAUUUGUGUCGUUAAACCUGCCACCACCCGGCACAGCCCAAUUAGUAAGGUUGGCCACGUAAACAACAACAUGCCAAUUACUGCUUCAGCACACCGGUGUGUUGGAGAGUAAACUCACGACAUUUAUUGAUUAAACAGAAACCCUUUCACAUGGAUAGUAUUGGUCGCGAAAGCCUCCGUGUGGAACCCCAGCGGGUGACUCUGUUGUCGAGCAAGCGGCUUGCAAUCAAAAUGUCGCGAGUUCAAAUCCUAGAGAGGGCGUUGACCUGGCAGCGUCGGUGCGAUCCCAAGGUUCUCCAAACGAAUUCCGCUCUGGCCGUGUGAGCCCCCCUCUCACCCCGUGAAACGCCUCGGGACUGGAGAGGGAGGAGACAUUUCGCUGUUGGGAGGCGUCGAUUUGUGCUCGUGUUGUGCGGUUUUCUGUCGUGAACUACUUGCAGCCACGCGUGAACCUAUUAUCGCCCACACGUGUGUUGUAUGCACUUCGCAAACGUGCACCUAAUGCAUGUUGUGUACGUCAGCGAAUGUAUAUUUGUGUUGAUGCUUAAAUGUACAUGCGUGUAACGGAUGCGUGCGUUUGUGUACGUUGUGUGUGUGUGUGGGGAGCGGUAGUGUAGCGCUUAGCGCUACGCUGCGCUACCAACCCGGCUAUCCAAGUUCGAGUUCCGUCAAUACACUGACGAUUAUCUGAACCGGUCUUGGGCCUCCCCUAGGUCGACUCAGCCUCAAAUGAGUACCUGGUGCGGUGUAAAAAAAAAAACAUCGCCGCUGGGGAGACAAAGGCGGCCGGGCGUCGUUUUGGCCACCCACAAACCCCCUCGUGUGUCAUUGCUUUUUGCUAACAGCACUUGCAUCCACAGUCUGUUAAGGCUACACGGGAAGGGGGGGUCGUUUGUCUUUGUGUAUGAAUACGUGCACUGUGUGUGUGUGUGUCUAUACAUAUCUGUAAGUGCGUGUACGUGUCGUACACAUUCCCAGCCUAACCCCCGUUGCCUUGCCAAGGCGAAGAAGGGCACUGUCCUUAUUUAUUUGUUGGAACAUUGUGGAAGAGAAAGCGAAAAGUUACCGCUUUUGCUUCGUUCGGAGUUUUUUCCCGCCUAUUUAUAAACAGCCUCCGUGUCGAAUGUUGAUGUGCCCCCCACCCCCGCAAAAAAAAACAUUCCCUGUGCCCCCUCCCCCCAUGCAAACAGGACGUGUUGCAUAUGAAUGUGCGUGACUUUGAGCUAUUUUUUGUACAUAACGCAUUUUGAAAGAGAAGGAAAAGUGGCGAGAAGGCAUUUCGAAAUACCUCAUUGAAAGUGAACGUCGUCUGCACGUGCACACACACACGAAAAAUACAGAAUAUCCACUCUUCCAGUGACUUGUGAAUGAUUCAUUAUUUGUGUAGUCGUAGUCGUCGUCGUGUUGUUAUCGUUACCCGGAGGAAAGCACACCCAAAAAGUAAGAUGCGUGGUACAUUUUUUUGUUAAAU